AUGAGUGAUUUAGAUGGGGAUAAUCCCUUAGACAUAUGUCCUUAUAAUACAGAUGAAAAUCAGUUACUUAUAUCAUCAAUCUGUUACAAAUUUAAAAGAGAAAGUAUUAUAAAUAAAGCUUGUGGAAUGAAGAUAUACUUAUCAAUAUGUUGUAUGAUAGUUACUGUAAGAUGUCUACCAGAACCAGCUACACCAAUACCAGGAUACACACAACUGUCUGAGCAACAAGUUAAGCACCUGCAAAAUAGGGGUUUUGGUUCCACGAUAAAAACUUUUGGUCCCACAGAAGCUAAUAGGGAAGAAGAGGAUGAAUUUUACGAAGAUGAUGAAAUCGAUAGUGAAGCAGAGUCCAGUCAAGAUCGUGCUCCCACAUAUGCCAAUCAAAACUAUCCAGUACCAAUAAAAGCAACACUGCAACCUCUAAAAGCGACUUUACAACCAAAUAACAUAAACUAUCCAAUUCCUGCAAGGACAUCAGUUAGCAAAGGCUACCCUACGCCGGUUCCAGAAAAGAGAUUCCAACAACAGAAGCAGUAUCUUCGAAGAGGGGAAGAACUGCAGGCAAUCAAUAAACUAGAGGAAGAAAAAGAAGAGGAAGAGGAGCCAGACAGACUUUCCUUACUCUUGCCCCAAUCUAAAUUUACUUGUAGUGGAAGAAAUACUGGAUAUUAUGCAGAUGAAGAUCUAGGAUGUGAGGUGUUCCAUUAUUGUCAAGAAAACUCUAAGCAUUCAUGGAUUUGCCCAGAAGGAUUUACUUUCCACCAAGGGGAGACAACAUUUGCGAGAAAAUCAUCCGACUACCAUUUUGUUAACGAUUUCUUAUACAAACCAGUAAAUCUUGAGGAAUACCAGCAAAAACCAAAUAUAACUUUGAGAUAUUCUGAUAGAUAUUAUCCCGAACAAUAUAGAACAAGGUAUAAUGAAGACGACGAUGCUCCAGUGCAACAUCAACACUCGAUUCGCGUAACUGGACAACCACGAUUCCAGUAUGUUUCACCUACAACUUUGAGACCUCAACAGGUAUACAGAUCUCCAGAAGAAAUUAACAUUUCUCUCCAACAGAGACGGCCGUCACCACAGCCAUCUACCCAAUAUGAAGAAUAUUAGUAAUUAACUUUAGAUUUACUUAAAUUUAAUGUAUAAUAUGUAUAAACUCUAGAUUCAUAUUGCAAUUAUUGCUUCUUAAAUUAUACUUAUAUUCAGAUAUAGCUUUAAAAUAUCAUCAUAUAUCAUAUCUUUCAAUCAAUCAUGAAAGGAAUUCUAAGAAAUGAUGUACAACCUAUUAUUAUUAAUUAUUACUAAUAUAUAUAUAUAUAUAUAUAUAUAUAUAUAUAUAUAUAUAUAUAUAAAUAUUUCUCUUCCUCUCCUUCUCUUACUAUGAGAGUAUAUUACUAACAUUUUGUCAUUUAACUUCCUUCUUAUCUUUUAUCUUAUAUAGUUCUUGAAUAACUUUCUAUUUUCAUAUAUUGCUCUUUUAAUAUUUUAAUAUUUUACAAUAUUAUAACUCCUGUUUUUAUACCAACUUAACUUAUCGUGUUAAUCUAAAACUGUGAAAUUUCCUACAGUUAAAAAAACGAUUAACUUCUUUUAUUGAUUAUUACAUUCUUUCUCUGGUGCGAAUAGCUCAGGAGGUAGAGUACCUGACUUCACGCAGAAGGUCGUUUCUUAAUAUAAUAUACAGGAUCCGGAACGGCUUAAUAGAAUAAAUACCUUAGGUAAAACCAGAUAUAAAAAUAGAUAGUGCAAGCGUACCACUAGCCCUCCUACGUUCCUGGUAUACCGUAGGCAUAAGAGAUAGUCUAUUCUGCUAUAACCAUCUCACUAUAGUUCUAUUUGCCAUAAUUCAACUUUCUAUAUUACUUUCUUUACUUAUCUUACUACCUUACUGCCAUAGUAUGCUACUAUCCUACUAUAUUUCUAUCUUACCAUUCUACUAUACUACUACUUUACUAUCACACUAUAUUACCCUCUGACGUUAAUAUCGUACUAUCUUAAUAUCUUACUAUCUUACUAUGUUACUAUCUCACUAUGUUGCUGUCUUACUAUCCUAUUAUCUUACUAUUUUACUAUCCUACUAUUCUACUACAUUACCAUGUUUGUAUUUUACUAUUUAGGUAUCUUACUAUCUUAGUAUCUUCCUAUGUUGCUAUCUUACUAUCGUACUAUCUUAUUAUUUCACUAUCUUACGAUGUUACUAUAUAUAGUAAGUAGUAAGAAUAAUAUAUUUAAAAAACGAGUUGUCUCUGUACUUGUUAAAACUAAUAACAAAAUUAUUGUAAAUGAGCAAGAAAUAAGAAAAGAAUGGCAGCUGUAUAUAUCAGAAUUGUUUGAAGAUGACAGGAAUAAUAUUGUCGAAUUCUACCAAAACUGUACUGACGGCCCAGAAAUUAUGAAAUGCGAAGUAGAACAUGCUAUAAGUAAUGCUAAAUUAGAAAGCUUGUUGUCCAAAUGAUACACCAGUUGAGUUGCUGAAACUAAUAGAGAAUGAUAACAUAAAAGUAGUAGUAAGACUUUUUAAUUCAAUAUAUAACACCGGAGUGAUUCCCGCAGAUUGGUUCAAAUCCAUCUUUAUCGCAGUACCUAAAAAACACAAUGCAAACAAAAUGCUCAGAAUAUCAAUUAAUUAGCCUAAUAAGCAACACUCUUAAAAUUUUCCUCAGAAUACUUCACAACAGAAUUAGACGCAAAUGCGAAGAAGAUCUUGAAGAUACCCAAUUUGGUUUUAGAAAUGCUAUGGGAACCAGGGAGGCAGUUUUUGCGCUUAACAUCCCAUUACAAAAAUGCCGUGAUCAAAGAAAAGAUGUAUUUUCAUGUUUCGUGGACGUCGAAAAGGCAUUAGAUAAAGUACAGCAUGUAGAAUGAAUGCAAAAUACUGGAAAAUAUCGGAAUAGAUGACAAGAAUAUUCGUGUUAUUAAAAAUUUGUACUGGAAUCAAACUGCUAUCCUUAAAAUUGGAUAUAACUACACCGAUGAAAUCCCCAUCCAACGGGAGUCAGACAAGGUUGCAUUUUGUCACCAACAUUGUUCAAUUUUUUACUCGGACCAGUUAUUUAAAAAGGUACUUGAAAGACAAUCAUAUGGAAUAGAA